GAGAGAGUGGACGAGAUCAGGGGAAACAGUUUUCACAUCAGUCAGUGGCAUGCUUCAUGGAGUUAUGUACCUCGCGCGCUGCCAUUUGAACCGCCGUCAUGUAUUGCAAAUCGCGAGCACUUGUUUUGGUUUUAUCUCUUCUACUUUCGCUUGGGGUUCCAGUGUUUCUCGUCACCUAUCCCACCAAUGAAGUCAACUUGUUGGACUCAAAAGCAAGCCAGGGGGAGUUGAGAUGGUUGUCCUAUCCUCUACACGGGUGGGAGGAGAUCAGCGGCGUGGACGAACACUACACCCCCAUCCGCACCUUCCAGGUGUGCAACGUCAUGGAGUUCAGCCAGAACAACUGGCUCCGCACCAACUGGAUCUCCCGGCGCUCCGCCGUGAAGAUCUACGUGGAGCUCAAGUUCACGCUGCGCGACUGCAACUCCAUCCCGCUGGUCCUGGGCACCUGCAAGGAGACCUUCAACCUCUGGUACCUGGAGACGGAGGAGCGCGAGCAGGAGUCGCGCUUCCGCGAGCACCAGUUCUCCAAGAUCGACACCAUCGCGGCCGACGAGAGCUUCACCCAGAUGGACCUGGGCGACCGCAUCCUCAAGCUCAACACGGAGGUGCGCGAGGUGGGGCCCAUGUCUAAGAAGGGCUUCUACCUGGCCUUCCAGGACGUGGGAGCGUGCGUGGCCCUGGUGUCGGUGCGCGUGUACUUUAAGAUGUGCCCGCUGAUCGUGAGGAACCUGGCGUCCUUCCCCGAAACGGUGCCCACCGACUCCCAGUCGCUGGUGGAGGUCCGUGGCUCUUGCGUCAAUCACUCCAAGGAGGAGGAGUCCCCGCGCAUGUACUGCAGCACGGAGGGGGAGUGGCUGGUGCCCAUCGGGAAGUGCCUGUGCAACCCCGGGUACGAGGAGCGAGCGAGCGCCUGUCAAAUGUGUAGACCGGGCUUCUAUAAAUCCGCUGUGGGCAACGCGGAGUGUUCGAAGUGCCCUCCCCACAGCGUCUCCCACCAUGAGGGGGCGCUCUCCUGCGCUUGUGAAAAGAACUAUUUCCGCGCAGAUGAAGACCCUGCCUCCAUGGCCUGCACACGUCCUCCGUCUGCUCCCCGCAACGUCAUCUCGGUCAUCAACGAGACCUCGGUCAUCCUGGACUGGUCCUGGCCCGAGGACACGGGCGGGCGGAGAGACCUCUUCUUCACCGUCCUGUGCAAGCGAUGCCAAGGCAUAGGAGGAGUUCUGCGCUGCGAGCCCUGCCGUAGCAACGUGCGCUUCCUGCCGUGGGCGGCGGGCCUGAGGAACACCACGGUGACGGUGACCGACCUGUUGGCCCACACCAACUACACCUUCGAGGUGGAGGCGCAGAACGGCGUCUCGGGAAUGGCGGUGGCAAUGCGGCAGUACGCCGUCGUCUCCAUAACGACCAACCAAGCAGCACCCUCUCCGGUGACAGUGAUCCGGAAAGAGAGCACAUCUCGGAACAGCAUCUCCCUUUCAUGGCUGGAGCCAGAGAGGCCCAACGGAAUCAUCCUGGAUUACGAGGUCAAGUAUUACGAGAAGCAGGAGCAGGAGACCAGCUACACCAUCCUGCGCGCCAAGGGCUGCAAUGUGACGCUGAGCGGGCUGAAGGCAGACACGGCCUACCUGCUGCAGAUCAGGGCCCGCACUGCAGCCGGGUACGGCGCCAGCAGCCGCAGCUUCGAAUUCGAGACCAGUCCUGACUCCGCCUUUUCCAUGUCGAGUGAGAAUAGCCAAGUGGUUCUGAUCGCCGUCUCGUCAGCGGUGGCCAUUAUCCUGCUCAUCGUGCUCCUCUAUGUCGUCAUAAGCAGGUUCUGUUGCCACAGCAAAUCCAAACAUCCCGAUGAGAAAAGACACUUUGGCAAUGGUCACUUGCGUCUCCCAGGUAUCAGGACCUACGUGGACCCCCACACAUACGAGGACCCCAGCCAGGCAGUGCACGAGUUUGCUAAGGAGCUGGAUGCAUCAUGCAUCGCCAUUGAUAAAGUAGUGGGAGCAGGUGAGUUUGGGGAGGUGUGCAGCGGUCGACUCAAGCUGCCCAGCAAGAAGGAAAUGUGUGUAGCCAUCAAGACGCUGAAGGCGGGCUACACUGACAAACAGAGGCGGGAGUUCUUGGCAGAGGCGUCAAUCAUGGGCCAAUUUGAUCACCCUAACAUUAUCAGGCUGGAGGGGGUCGUAACGCGCAGCAAGCCUGUGAUGAUCGUCACAGAGUACAUGGAGAACGGAUCACUGGACAGCUUUCUAAGAAAGCAUGACGCCCAGUUUACCGGCAUCCAGCUGGUGGGCAUGCUGCGUGGCAUCGCCUCGGGCAUGAAGUACCUGUCCGACAUGGGAUACGUCCAUCGGGACCUGGCGGCUCGGAACAUUCUGGUCAACAGCAACCUGGUGUGCAAGGUGUCCGACUUCGGCCUGUCCCGAGUCCUGGAGGACGACCCGGAGGCUGCCUACACCACGAGGGGCGGUAAGAUCCCUAUCCGGUGGACGGCACCUGAGGCCAUAGCCUACAGGAAGUUUACAUCCUCCAGUGACGCCUGGAGCUACGGCAUCCUGCUCUGGGAAGUGAUGUCAUAUGGGGAGCGGCCCUACUGGGAGAUGUCCAAUCAGGACGUGAUCAAGGCAGUGGACGAGGGCUACCGCCUGCCCCCGCCCAUGGACUGCCCCGCUGCCCUCUACCAACUGAUGCUUGACUGCUGGCAGAAGGAGAGGAACAACCGGCCCAAGUUCGAGCACAUCGUCAGCAUCCUGGACAAGCUCAUCCGCAACCCCGGGACCCUCAAGAUCACCGCCAACACAACCUCCAGGCCAACCAAUCAACUGCUGGAACAGAGCACCUCAGAGGCGACAUCGUGGGACACCGUAGGAGACUGGAUGGAUGGAAUGAGGACGCUGCCUUGCAAGGAAGCCUUCUCUGGUGUUUGCUACAGCUCCUGUGACACCAUGCCCAAGACCUCUACAGAGGAUCUGAAGAAGGCCGGAGGAACCCUUGGCGGCUCUCAGAAGAACAUUGUGAGCAGCCUGAAAGCAUCCCUGGACACCCACACCAAGAACUGCCCCGUGCCGGUUUAACAUCAUCCCAGCAACACAAAAGACAAGCAUGUGUACAAAAAAAGAAACAAGAACAAUACUAAAAGGUUGAGCAAUGGCGGCACGGCCCAGCCUGGUCUGUCGGGACCGGCCCCACUGGGUCGGAGGGGCGGGGAUACUGCUCUGCCAACACAGUGGCCAUCACCAUGGAGAUAAAACACUGAAAAAGAUUGAAUGUAGUAAUGAGAGAGGGACGACAUUUAUAUAUAUAAAGAUAUAUAGAUAUAUAAAUAUACAUCUAUAGAUCUAUAUGUUUAUAUGUAUAUAUCGGUCCAGUCAAAUAUGAUGUCAUAACCCGGGUCGCCGGGGUAACAGGGAUCCAGCAAAAGUCCUGCCAGCUUGUUAAAGCUCGCCGACUCCUGAAGCGACUAACUUGUCCACGAUGAGAGGCCUUACGGACACAUAGCG